GGUUAAUAUAGGUUGUGGACCAGCCGAAGAACGUGUUUUAUUAACAGGCCUUCAUGCAGUAGCAGAUAUAUACUGUGAAUGUUGCAAAACAACACUUGGAUGGAAAUAUGAACAUGCAUUUGAAGUUAGUCAAAAAUAUAAAGAAGGUAAAUUUAUCAUCGAAUUGGCGCAUAUGGUAAAAGAUAAUGGUUGGGAUAAGCGUGAUUUCAAAAGGAAUGCUAACAUUCAUUAA